ACACGAUAAACUGAUAUCUUUUUUUCCUCACCUGGUGAAGAGCUGAGCGAUCCGUCUGAAAUUGUUGAAUAGCUCGGGCUGACUGUUGUAUUCUACGUGGGCAGGAGGUUGUAGUAUUAUUGUUUUGGGUCUUUGAGUUGUGUGUUUGUUGUUGUUUGUUGUUUGUUGUUAUACUGUCAUUGCAUCUUGUCCAAGGACCUCUCUGUAUAAACUCUUGAAGUGAGCUGAACUAUGCCUCCCAAGAAGAAACCAGCAGCAAAAGCUGAGGCAAAGAGGAAUGAAGAGGAUAAGAAGAGAACGAAUCUUCGAGAUCUCCUAAGUCGGAGCUCAUCCAUGGUCUCUAGACCAUUGAAGAAGACAGACACCAGCGAGGUGGCAUUGCAGAGGUCUGCGUCGCAGCCGAGCAACGCACCAGCUCUGCGACGUGGUAAGAAGAUCAGGAAGUUGAAUGCGGACGAUAUGGCCAUCACACCAGACGCUAAACGUGUUCGUCAGACACCAGGAAGAUCCACAAGAAAGCAGAACGCAUUGGCGUAUGAAGAGCACUCCACAACGACACAAGUUGCGCUUCCACUAUCAGACACACCGAUAAUACGGAGAAACCAGGAGAUGAGAAAUGGCAAAUCAGUCAGAAGAUCCUCGAUGGAGAAAAGAGGCAAGAGAGUGUCAUCAAUAGGAAAUGGGUUUACUGGACUGCCCCACGACCGAGUACCGACGUCUGAUUUCUAUAAGCAUCUUGAUUCUACAUUGCCGGAUCCACACAAGAUGAGACAGUUGCUAUCGUGGUGCUCACGAAGAGUAUUGGAUGAGGAUAACAACAAACACAUCCAGCAGAAGAACAUACUUCCAUCGAAGGAGUUAACAGCGUUGAAUAUCGCUAAAGUUAUUAAAGAGGAGAUGGUACGUGAUUUGGUUGAUGGUAAGUUCAACAUCAGCUGGUGGAACAGGGAUGAAGACGAAGGCAAGAGUGAGACACAAGUACUAUUACCGAAUGAACGCAAUGUCAAAAAUGCACAAGUCCUGGAGCAGUUGAAACAAAGGCUAAAAGUGUUACAAAAUGCCAGUGCACAGUGGGGGUCAAACAUGUCUAAACUUGUGGAGUUACCGACAAUAUCAAUGGACCAUGUUCCACAUAUAGAGCCUGAUGAAAAAUACCAAAGUGUCUUGGACAACUCUCUUAUCAACGAACUAUCUGCACUCGAGGAAUCAAGUUUUAACGAUAUAUCGACCGAGGUGGAGUUUGCCGUAGAUAACUUCACCACAUUUGUUCAUCAGAUCAAGUCGUUAUCUUCCCUGAAACAGAAAAUAAUCUCAAAGAGAUCGAACGAGCUGUCCAGCAUCCUGGACAAGACUAUUGAUGACGACACAUUGGAUAAGAUCAACAACAACGAAAUUAAUAAGGACCUUGAUACUGAUCAGUUGUUGAAGGGUAUUGCCAAACUUGACCGUUGAUACUCCACCCAAUUACAUUCCAGGACCAAAAAUUCAAUUCUCAUAUAUUAAUGUUUUACUACACGUUCUUUUUCAUUAUCACCAAG